AUGAGCCCGCUGCCGCUGCUGCAUGCCAUCAGCCUCUCGAGGAUUGGAGCACUCGGCGUGCACUUGCCAGAGCAUCUGCGGCACGGGUCGAUCGCUGCCAGCUUCGAACUCAGCGCGUCGCUCCCGACUUCAAAGCCGCUCUACCUCGACGUGCCGCUUGACCACUUUGCAGUGAAAGGCCCGUCCUGGCGGCUCAAGUACUACGUCAACGCAACGCAAUUCACGGCUGGAGGUGUGCUGCUUGUGACGAUGCCUUCCGAAGGCGCCACUCGCGGCUGCCCUAGUGGUGAGCUCGCGCAGGCGCUGCGCGCUGCGUCAGUGUGCAGCCAGCACCGCUACUUUGGCGACUCGGUCCCGCUCGGAGACUCAUCGACGCGCGCCUUCACAAAGUACCUCUCGGUCGAGCAAAACUUGGCCGACGUCGCCGCGCUCAUCCGGCACGCGCGCAGCCAGCUCUUCCCCGCCGCCACCGCGGUGGUCGUGCAAGGCGGCUCGUACGCCGGCGCGUCGUCCGCCUGGAUGAGGCGCACCUAUCCAAAGCUGGUCGACGCGGCCAUCGCGCAGAGCCCGCCCGUCACCGCCGUGUACGACUUUGCUCGGUACGACGUGAGCAACCUCGUCGCGCUCUCCUCGCCCGACAGCCGCUGCGCGCAGGCGCAGGCGCGGGUCGGCGCCGCGCUCACCUCGCUGCUGCACUCGUCGCCGGGCAAGCUCAUGCGCCUCUUUGGUGCGGCGCAUUACGAAGGCUCGCCCACCGGCAUGGUCGAUUUCGCCUACGCUCUCGGCGACUCAUCUUCCUCCGCGGUGCAGUACGGAAGGAAGAGCAUCUUGUGCGAGGCGCUCCAGCCGGGCUACUCCUCCCCCUCCUCCGCCUCCCCCUCGGCUGCCGGCGAGGCUCCUCACGACGACCUCGCUCUGGCAGCGCUCUUCGCAAACUACACGCGGCACGCGUGGGGCAACGAGUACUUCAGCAGCUGCUUCUACAACUCGAGCUGCAUGGCCACCGCGACAGAGGGGCCGGUGGCGCAGAGCGCGCGCUCGUGGUACUGGAUGAAGUGCGCGCACCUCGGCUACCUGCAGACGGCGCCGCAGCAGGGCCUCUCGACACGCCCGCGGCAGCUCACCGCCGCGCGCCUCAUCGAGCAGUGCGCCUACAUCUUCGGCGCCGGCGCUCCCCUGGUCACGCCCGCCACCGUCGAGCAGUUCAACGCCAAGUUCGGCGGCGGGUCUCUGGCGGGCGAGAGCCGCAUCUUCGAGGUCGACUACUCAGAUGACCCGUGGAAGAUGGCG